AGUUCUCGCGGCCUACCUUUUUUGCUUCCCGCGCGCGGUGCCCUCCGGGGGGGGGCUGGGCGUGGCCUCCGCAUGGCGCGGCGCGCGGUGCGCGCAGGUCUCUGCGCCAGCCUCUUGUCCGUCCCGUCCCUGCUGAGCUUCGUCCCGGGCGUGCGCCCCCACAUCCGGGGCGGCCUGCUGGCGAGGAGAGCGGAGAGCGUGACGAAAGAAAUCGUGGUCAACGAGCGCAUCCCCUCCGCGGAGGUGCGGAUCAUCGGCAUGUGGAAUGAUGAGACGAAGGAGAUGGAGGAUGCCAACGACGUGAUGCCCCUCAGCACUGCGCUGCAACUCGCCAAGCAGAUGCAGAUGGACGUGCUGUGCACCAACACUAAUGCGGACCCUCCGCUCGUCAAGAUCAUGGACGAGAAAAGGUACCUCAUCAUGGAGAAGAGGGAGGCUAAGGUGCGUGAGCGCGCCGCUCAGGCGCCCAAGGUCAAAGAGGUUAAGCUCACGUACAAUAUUGGGGAUGGCGACAUCCAGACGAAGAUCCGGUCCAUAAGGCAGUGGCUUGCAAAGGACAGUCGGCAGCAGGUCAAGGUCAGGAUGAUGAUGAAGGGCAGGACGCGGAUGUUCGAAGCGCAGGCGAGGGACGUGCUGACCCGGUUCCGGGAGGAUCUCGCCCAAGAAGCGAAGGUGCCUGGGGUCGACAGGGGCGUGCCGUGGGUCACGAAGGACGGCAGGGGCGACCUGACGAUGAUGCUGGGCAAAGGCCCGGACCCGACGAUCUUGAAAAAGCUGAAAGAAGAAGGAAGACUCCCCACGCCCAGCCAGUCCGCUCCCUCCGAGGUCAUGGCUGCCGCGGGCGCGGAUGCCACUGAGGAGGCGUCCAAGGCGUCCAAGGCGUCCACGGCGUCCACGGAGCCGAAGGAGGUGCAGGAGAUCCUCGACGAGAUCCAGGAGAUGAGAGAGGAGCUGCUGGAGUGCGGCAUCGACCCCGGCCAGAUCGACGCGGAGGAAGAGAUGAAGGAGCUACAAAAGCGCCUCACCACUGCCAGGUCGAAGAUCGCCGCCCGUGCCCUGGGCGCGGGCGCCGCGAGAGCCCGUCGGGGCCCGCCGGCGCUCGCGCUGGCUGGCAGCUGCGCCGCCUUCGCGGUGCUGCUGAGGCCUCGCAGGCGCUGAGUUUCACGGGGGAGCCCUCGCGCGGCCGCCCCCCCCGCCGCGGCCGCCCCGGGCACCCGCGGUGCGGAGGGGAGGGAGGGCGAGGUCGGAGGGAGCGGGGGGCGAGGACUCCUCGC